CAGGCAUUGUGUUGGUUAUCAAGCACCCGGGAGAGGAGGGGGGAAAUAACUCUGCUGGGAAGUUGAAACCGGCUCAGGAGGAGGUGUGAUUCUCUUACUUGGCCAUCGACAGUUACACUCAGCUCUGCCAUAUAGGGAUGAACUGAGAUAUUAUGAAUGCAGCUGGAUUGUAUUGGAAAAAGAACAGCAAGUUUCUUGGUAUUCCUGGCAUUUUGGAAACCUUUUGAUGAUCUCUUCUGACACUGGACUGCACUGAAGCCCUGAUGGAGGAAACUAAUCACAGCUCUUUGAAUUAAGCUUGCAAAUAUAAAUAAUUGACAUUUUUAGCCAAGAAUCUGGCUACAAGGAAUCUUAAUUAAAAGCCCUUGAUUGCUUUGAAACCUGACUUGGUGUGUGGAGAGCCAGCUAAUUGAUUAAUUGAUCAGGAAAACAUCAGGAUGAGUGGAGAGGGGGACGUGGUGUGUGAUGGUUGGCUACGAAAAUCACCUCCAGAGAAGAAGCUGCGACGAUAUGCAUGGAAAAGACGUUGGUUUGUCCUGCGAAGUGGUCGACUAAGUGGAGAACCAGAUGUCCUUCAGUACUAUAAGAACCAGCAUUCCAGACGGCCGAUUGGCACCAUCAAUUUGAAUCUCUGUGAGCAGGUAGAUGCUGGCCUCUCCUUCACCAAAAAAGAGCUGGAGAGCAGUUUUGUUUUUGACCUGCGAACAGCAGAGAGAACCUGGUACCUGGUAGCCGAGUCUGAGGAGGACAUGAACCGCUGGGUGACGUCCAUCUGUCUCCUUUGUGGCUUCAAUCCCACCGAUGAUGUUUCAGAAAGGACACCAAACUCCACCUCUGUGACCACAUCCAGGGGCACACCCGCUAUCUCCAUGGUAACAGUGUCCCUCCCAACCCCAUAUGACCCAGUCAGUGUGCGUCAUCUGGAGCAUGUUAGCGGUGCUGAGGAAGACUAUCUGUGGCUAUCAAACUGCCAGACUCACACCAGACCUCCUUUGGGUUCAUCCAUCUCUCUUGAGACAGACAACAAUGAUACCCUCUACCCUCCUCCAUUGGCCACCUCUUCCUCCUCUUCCUGCUCUUCCUCUCCUUCCCUUCCUCCUAACAGCCUUCCAUCCUCAACGGGCUUCCGGAUGGCUCCUUGGACAGUAGCUGCCAUGACGAGCCCCCUGAGUCAGUCCUUGGAUGCCAGCAUGACUUCUGACUUCCAGAAAAGAGCUGCCAGACCUCAUUGCCACCCCUCCCCUCAUCCUAGAAAGCACUCCUUAGAUUUCCACCUGCGCCCUGCAGCUUUGCCACUGAGCGAUGACAAUCACUCCAGCAUCAACUCGCAACCUUCAAGUACAAGUGGCUACCAGAUCCCACGACCAGCAGCCACUCCACAACCACCUCCUCCUCGGCGUCCCUCUUCAACACCUAGUGUGGACUCGUUAACUCAGGCCGAGCUCAACACUGCCAUCCCGACUCCUCCUCCUCGACCACCCAAGCCCCAAGCCGUGACACCACAUGGAGACAGCUCCACUGCUGGCACAGGGCCUGCUACACUACCAAGAGCAAACUCGGUGCCAGAGAAGAGAGAUGAAAGCUUUAACCAAGGACAACAAAUGAAAGGUAGCGAGUCUGUCUUCUUUCCUCGGUCUCAAUCUGAAAGAGCUACCAUGUUUGAGUUCAGUGAGAGCUUUAACACCUACUUUUUUAAUAAAGGCAUGGUGCCACUUGGUAGUGUUUGUUAUGAAGAUGAUGAUGUAAAUGAAAACUAUGUUCCAAUGAGUGCUGCCACCACUGAGCCACCAGUUACAGCAAGGCUCCAUCCAGGAGGUCCAACUGACUCUACUACUGAGCUCCAAGAUGGCAACUACGUCCCAAUGACCCCGCUGACCUCGUCCUUUUCUGCUAAUCCCAUUCCUGCCACAUGUGACCUAGCAUUCCUGGGGAGGCAAGUGCCUCCACCUGCCCACAUGGGUUUUCGGAAUUCCACCAUGACUCCCGUCAUUCCCUCUACACCACCAACGCGAAGAAAUACAAUAACCAACAGUAAUGUGGGUGAAGUAGAAGUCGUGCCUCCCCCAAUCCAUCGUAAUCUGAAGCCACAAAGAAAAGGAGCUGGUGGCAGUAACACUGUGGAGAAACACAGCAACCAGAGCUCUGUAGAAAUUAAUCAUAAAACAAAAGUAAAACCAGCUCCCCUAGAGAUCAAACCAGUAUCUCAGGACUGGCAGGAAGUCCCACCUCCUGUUCGCUCACCUGUCACUCGAACCUUUACUCGAUGCCCAUCAACACGGGGCUCAUUUAUUCAGAGCUCUGUGCAAAGUUCAUCCCCCUCCUCGGAUUCUGAUGACCCAGAUGACAGCUAUGUUACCAUGGUGACCUCCAACCUCAGUCAUAGUGCUGGAGAGCAGUCUCUUAGGAUGAUUCUCCACCGAGCCUCUGAAGGUGGAGUCAGCAGCCCAAUACUACAACGAGCAAAAGCUGAAAAACAGGUGGAGUAUUUGGACCUGGAUCUCCAUACAGGACGAUCAACACCAACCAGACAGAAACGUUGCACUGCAGAGGGUGGAACCAACAGCAAUGAGCCAGUUGGAGCGGGUGACGAAAGAGGACGAGGUGAUCGCAGACGUGUAGACUAUGUGGUUGUGGAUCCGAAAAGGACCAAGGCCCUGAAAAACACUCGAGAGGCCUGGCAUGAUGGGAGAAUGUCCACAGAAAAGGAGAAAAGCUAAAAAAAGGCCAAGAAGAACGCAUGCCGACAGGAUAAACAUCUUCCAUAUUAUAAGAAAAGAGACACAAUUCUUUGUUUAAAGCAAUAAAUCACUGAAUCUUAA